CAGCAACACAAUUCUCAUACAAUGACUGUUUCCGAAAAGAAAACUGAAAUGAAGUGCCUUGGCGUAAGCGCUUGCUAGGAAGUUGCCGACUGAUGAACCUGAAGUGCGGGGUUCCUUCACUUUCCGGAUAAAAUCCAUUUCCUUUCUCGCUACUUCACACACACGAUGUUAUUAGGCUCAAGGAAAAAUACUCUCCCAUGGCCAACCUGCGUCACACGUUCGAGGUUGAGUACACGUUUCUUUAUUUUUUUAUUUUCUUCUCUCUGUUUGCAAAAUACGUUUGGUGCGAAACUAUUCUCAGUUGGUAGAACACCGUUCAGGCCGUCUUCAUUUUCACAAUAGAAGCAAAAAGAACUUGCAAAAAUGAAAGUUCCGCCAUUAUUUCUUAUUAUGUCUUUAGCAAUGGCUGCUCUCCGUGACAAUCCUCCACCGACGAAGCAGAUUUUUGAUCCUCGAUUGCCAAUGUAUCUUGGUGAAGUUUUCUGGCCUCCAACGAUGACUUUCCUCGCGUUUUUAUCACCGCCUGAUUCAUCUCAGCAUACUUCACUGACAUAUGUGAGGAUUGUUCUCCUUUGAAGUCAUCUAAAUCUGCUCAGAAAUAUGUAGCUAAUCACCCUAAAAGUGGUGCUGGUCAGCAAUCGACAUAACAAACAACAUCCUCUUCAACCUCGGCGAAAUCAGCAACCUCCAAAUGGUAGACUACUUUUCCAAACAUGCCUAUAUCGAACGCGAAGGAAAGAGGUGGGCAGAUUGCGUGAUCACCCCCGAAGCAGGAAGAAUGGGUGUCUGUGAAGGGGUGAAGGAUUGGGAUUGCAUUGGAGGGCAGAGAUUUUCAGGACCUGGAACAAGGAAGUGGAGUUGUUUUGUCAACGAUCUUGUUACCGCUAUGGAGGAAUAUGAAGCGAAAGUAGAAGCAAUGAAGCAUGUUGGGCUGCUAGGUGGGAAUGCCACUGAGGCUGGGAAUAACGAGGAUGGAUUGACGAGUUCUGGUGGGAGCACUGUGGCUGCUCCGAAGACUGAAGCUACCGGGACAAUGCCCAGCAGCGAGAUUAUAGGUGGCUUUACAGCUAGUGCGAUAUGAAAAUAACCCUAAGCAUAAAAUAUGUAUGGAUUUGAUUCAGGUUCUAUGGCAAUUUAUGUACACCAAGAGAAUAUACACAAAACUUAAAGGAAUAAACUAGAUCUAGC